CUGAACGAUCUGUGAAACCAGUUGACUGCUUCCGCACCAUAAUAAUAUUACGGUCAUUAUUCAGUAUCGCUACUCAAGAAUUACUCGUCUUGUUUCUGAAAGCGAACAUUACAAACGGCACUGGGUUGGCUAACGCCAGACUUUCUAACUGUUUAUCCGACUGCAUAAUGGAGAAACUAUCGAAGGUCCAGAAGGCAACUGGCAGUGUGUUGGCACUCAGCAUUGCGGAAGUCCUCCUGGCUGUUGCGGGAUUCGCGGCAAACUUCUACAACCUGUUUUACGGGAUCUUCGCUGCGGACGAGAGUGUUCCCAUGGGACAAACGCUGAUCUUUGUCAUUUCCAUCCCGUUAUACGGAAUACAGGUGGUAUGCGGUGCCCGGUUUAUGCUAGCCAGUGUGCGACUAUUGCGUGGCCAGAGAAACUGCGGCUUCUUCGGUGAAGGUGUCCGUAACAUUCCCGCGUGGGAGUUUGGACUGUGCCAGAUUGCGGCUCUAGUGGGCUCCGGCACGUGCCUGGUGGCCUUGCUUCUCGCAUGGUUCUGCCAGGUCGGCUUCGCCGCUAACGACCUUAUCUGGUCCACCAGACUGGACGUCUUGUUUCCCAAACCUGACACUGUGGCCAAACCGAUACCGGACGCGUGGAGUGCAGUCAAGCAGGCUUUCCAGGCCGACUUCACCGGACAGAUGGUCAUGCUGGCAGCGGUUCUGCUACAGAUCGCCUGUCUCAUUGUGGUGGUCGUCAUCAUUCGGCAAAGUAAAUCCAUCCGCAAAGAGCUGAAGUCGGCUACUCUGAACGCGGAUGGUCGCAAGUCCUCCAAGGAAGAGCACGAGCGUCUAGUUUGCGUCCAUUCGAAGGAGCUUAACGGGCCACCACCAGCGUACAGCCAUAUGUGAUCUUUACCUGGAGGCAUGGAUUCAUCGUUGAGUUCGCGGUAAAUGACAUUUAACAAAGAAUCCUUGAGCAGUUGUACGGUUUACGCGCCGUGUAAGAAUUGUAAACUGCGAGUUUAAAAUAGACAUUGCUCAAAUAUUUGUCUCGAUGUCUGUCUUCUACGAGAAACUUGCAUGAUACGUCUUCUGCUCCAUAAGUUUAUGAUUUAUCUUAGCGCAUAGUACUGUCGUAUGGUUGUGUUCUGUGCUUCGAUUCCCGAGAGCUUUACCCGUUUGACUGUCGUAAUAAUUAUCGUUAACGAUCCUGGAGACCUUCCUGCUAUCUCCAAUAUUCGCCGCUUGACGGUGCCGUUACGGAUUACCCAAGAUGUGUACCUCCGGUCACUGCAAACCCACCGUUAGCCGAUUACGCCCAGCCGACGUGCUUUCUCAUCACUGCUUUCCCCGUGAAGCCUUCCUUGCGCUAUUUCCGGAAGGAGCGCUCCGCAAAACCAUGACUGCUUUCAUUUGCAACGACUUAUUCCGGCUGGCUGGAAUUCGAAAAUGUCAUACAGCUCCAUAAUUAUUACGCUUUAUUUUCUUAUUCGGUAAUGCUAAACGGUUUGUCUGAUGCGUAUUGUCAAAGUAUAGGAAUAUACAUAUGGUCGUAUCUAUUGCGGGAUGCUUGUUUUAGUGUUUCUGUUAAUCUUGUAAUGGUGAUUGUGUCAAAUUGUGUGAGAUUUUUAAUCUCGCAGCUCACAGGAAUAUAUGGAAAGAAUCAA